AUAUUGUCCGUAGUAAGUGAUCUUCAUGUAUUUGAACCAACUUGCAUGGAGACCCUAGAGUUUUAUGUUUGCCUAGAGAAAUUACUGACCUCUGCAGAUGGAAAGUCUCCAUUAGCAUGGAAGAUUAUCACCCUGUUUGCUCAUCUUUGUCAGUCAGAAAAUAUAAGAGUAGCGUUGAGAGAUGAUUUAAAAUUGGUACCUGUUUUAUGUGAUUUCUUACUAGCAUCCAAGUUUAGCAAAGACAAAACUCUCAAACUUCUUCAGUUGAUUGAAGCUGUAUCAUACAAAAUCAAGAUUCCCCAUGCAGAAGCAUGGGUAAUAACUUUAGUCCAGUAUCUGUCAGACUUAAUGAAGUCUGAUAAUAGUGAUGAUCUUUUUUCCCCAGCACUUUCCAUUCUAGCUAACCUUUGUCGCUUCAAUCCUCCAGCCUUAUCCUGUCUGCGCAGCUAUGCUUUCACAAAGCCAAUAGUUCACUGUCUGAUUGACAUGAAAAAUCCAUCUAAUAAAGAAAGGCUGUUAGCUGCCGAAAUGAUGCUUUACUUGCAUCAAGACUUUUCAAGAAGUGGAAGAAACUAUGCUGAGGAGCAGGUUGCCAGUGCUAUUGAUUGUAUCCUGCAAGCAGCAAGUGAUGGCUUUGCAGAGAAUGAUGUUUCCUCUCUUCAGCUAGCUGCUGAUGUAUUUGCUGAGUUUUCAGCUUGUCCUAGUUUGGAAGAGAGAUUGCGAGAGCCAAAUUAUUCAGGCUUUGUUGGAGGAAUUAUGAAAUAUCUUACACCUGAGAGUCCAGAGUCUGUAGUUGAAGUAUUUCUAAAUUUGCUCUAUCAUAUCAUUGAUUUAGAUCAGCCUUCUCUGCAGCCACUGUAUGAAGACAUCUUUGUGAAGGUCAUGAAGUGGUUAGCAAGCGACUGCUGCAUUUUACCUGCUUUACGUGUAUUACGAGCGCUUAUAAUGGUUGAUAACAAGUUUGUUGACUCUCAGUAUAUACAAGAAUUUAUAUCUGCCAUUGUGGUGUCUUUGGACAUGGAUGAGGCAAUGCAUUUAAGUCCUCAGAAGCUUCACCAUAUCAACAGUAUCUUGAUUUUGGUAGAGGAAUUGUGUAACUAUGACACAACUAUCCGUAUGAAACUGGCAAUGACUUUCCAAGUGUCCAAAUUCAGUAAUUUGCUGAAGCUUGUUAUUGGUCUUGGCAAUGCCUCCAAGAAUAAUGACACUAUUAUGUGCUCUGUUCCUGAAGUCAGUAUUAACAGCACAUGGAGAGACUUGGAAUUUACUGCGGCUACUAAACGUGUGUCAAAGACUGAGCUGGAUGACAAAAUGUCACAGGCUGUAGUUAACCUGAUGUCUGUGGUGAAACUUCUAGGAUCUCACAACGGAGAUUUUAUUAUUGAAUAUGAACAGAUGAUGAAUAAUCCUAUGACUAUGAAACACUUGGUUCGGUGUGAGCGUUCCAGUAAUUCAGAUCUAAUCGCCAAAGCGCUGACAGUAUUAUCAAAAGGGACUAUCCCAAGUGCUAGUAUGGAAGCAUUAGUGAGUGCAGUGGAAGAAAGUAACAAAUCAAGCAUUCCCCACGGGUUAGAAUCGGCAUUAUAUAACAGAGGGGAGAGGAAUGUCAUUCCAUUCUCACCUGAUUUGGAAGCUCGUAUAGACAAAAUGAUUGAGCGUUUGAGUGGCACUGUAGAAAAGUUAGAGUUGAAGGACAUUGGUUUAACAGCUGUGAUGGAGAUGUACGAAUACAAACUAGCCACCAUGGUACACGCUGAAGAAACGCUUCAAAACGCUCUAGCUGCAGCAGAUUCACGGUACAGACAAACUCACUUGGCUCAUUUGCAGGCGCAGGCUCAGACUGAUCAGUUACGGAAACUGUUGAACGCCUGGGAAGAACGAAUUUUAACAGUUCAGCAUGAAAAAGCAGAAGUUGAGGAGAGUAUUGUGAAAAUCCAGAAGUCUUAUCAGCAGGUCCGGGAAACUAUGAUAACUGAAAAGACAAAUUUAGAAAGGGAAAAUAAGGAACUGUGUAGUGAAAUGAAAGAACAAAAAGCGGCUAUUGAAGCUAGAGAUGAAAAUAUCCGACGGCUUCAGCGUCAAAUGCAGGAGUCUCAUGCUGAGAUAAAAAAUCUUCAUCAGGUCAUUAAAGAGGAGCAAGAUAAAAUUCAAAAAUUGCACACACAAAAUAGAAAAUUAGAAGAUGAUGUGAAAAAGAGUGGUAAAGAUUAUGACAGCUUGGAGAAGGAAUGUAACCGAUUGGAGAAAUGUCUUGCAGAAGUGAAAAAAGAGAACUCUGAACUAGAGCUCCUCAUACAUAGCCAUGAGCAGGCAAUGGCAGCCAAAGAAACUGAACUGGAACAGAUUUCAAGAAGUUACAGCGAGCUGAAGCGCAUCCAAGACUUGAUUCAUAACAUGUCAUCUGGAAAGGUACCUACCUGAAAUAAAAAAAUGUUGUCUCUUUUCACUGAAAAGCAGAAUUGUGUUUGCUGUCAGCUAUGAAAGUUGCAUCCUAUGACUGGCACUGAGAUACUGUAACUGAUUGUUGAUAUAUCCUGUAAUUGUGGAGAAUAUUAAGCUAGAAUAUUAGUUUUAUUAGUUAAUUGGAAGUAGGAAAGUAAUUAGUAGAACUAUUUUUUUUUCAUUGUGUGUAUAAUAUUGCAAGAGUAAUGUUGUCCAAGUAUUCACGUAUGCAUGUAUUACCUGAUAAGAGUGCAAAAUGACCCCUUUUGACUAAGUGAUAAAGCCUGACUAAAGAGUUAGAUACAAAGAAUCAUAGUUGAGUCUUCCCUCACCUGUUUGGUGUACAGUAAGAAAGUGGUAUGUGAAGCGCCAAAUUAUGACUAUUGUAAUUUAAUUUUAAAACUCAUCAUUGCAACUAUGGGCAAGAAAAGGAGAGUAUAAAAGAUGGAGAGACUUCUGUCACCUAAGAAAGAAUCAUCUGUAAGGUGUGAGUGCCUUUUCUGUUUUGAGUAAAUCUCGAAAAAUGAGUUAGAAGGGAGAGUAAGGAAGGUGUUGCAGAACCAUUAGAGUAUACAAGGCUUUGCACACUAGUUGCUAUCCACUUUGUAAGGUGUGGAAAGUAUUUAAAAAGUCUUCCUUGCAAAGAUAGAGACAAUUUAUUCUAACUCUGAUAGUCAAGUGAUGUAUAAUACCUUAUCUUAAAUUUUAUUUUUACGCUUCCCAGCCUCAUUUUUUAUCAUCAUUUCAUUGUCAUCAUUGCCAAAAUUAAUGGUAUUAUUUUUCAUUCCUUCAUACUUUAUUUACAGUAAUCAUUUACUUUUAGUUACCUAGCAACAUGUCAUUUCUCAGUAAGUCCAUUUGAUCAUCAAUAUAAGGAUUAAAGUUUUAAUAAUUUAAGCCAAUAUAGUUUUUAACAACUCUGAGGUCUGGAAGAAGCUUUUUAGCGCUGACUUCCAUGUCCUAUGAUGACUUGAAAAUAAAAUAAAAUUUUUAAUGCAUAUAACAAUGUCUUUUCAGUUUUGAACCAUUUACAGCUAUUACAGAAUGAAUGAAGAUUUCUUUAUUUUAAUGCAGAGAUUAUUGUAAUUUAAUUGUAAUUUAACAGAAGGGCACCCACAUUUGCAAAGGUUUUGAUUUUGUUUAUUGAAUUUAGGCUGUCAAACCAUGCACUUGGUCAGUUUUGGCCAUUCAACACUCAAGGCAGUGAAAAGAGGGAGCUGGAGUGGUUUGACAACAAGAUCAAGAGAUCUAGAAAAUAAUGUGAUUGAAGUACAAAGAUCUACAAGUGAAACUGGGAGAAGACCACACACUUGCACUGAGAAAUAACACUUAAAGGUGUUGGACAGCAAGACUGAAGAAAGGAAGGUUGAAUGGAGGUAGAGUACAAGCUAAAAAGUGGAUGCAGCCAGGAGCAUAACACAACUGGAAGUAUUGUACUCCUGCCAAGGGAGUAAUUACUACUGAGUAGUUAUUAUGACUGCACCCUGCAGAGGGGAAGUGCCAUCAGUACACCUCACAUGGUGCACUGCAGGCUUUACUAAAGGGUGUUUGCUGCAUCCUUUUUGCCACAAGUUGCACAUACUUUUUAGCCAUUUACUCUGCUGCCAUUCCCACUUCCUUUCUUCAGUCUUGCUGUUCAACUUUCUGACUAUUGCUUAUUGAUGGAAAUCUAGGAGUUUUCUUCCAGUUCCACCUUUAGAUCCAUGUUCUUAACCUCGUAUUUUCUGUCCAACUACUGAAUGGCUGAAAGUGCCCCAGUCCAUGGCUUGACAGCUUAAAUACCAUAAUACUAUCAAUUAAAUCAAAGCUGAGUGAAAAGCAGAGGCUGGAAAUUUUAUGUAAUUUUAUAUAGUUAUGCAGGUAGAUUUCAUUUUAGUAUUACAUGCAGUGAAAGUACUGAUAAAAUUUCUAGUACUGAUUGUAUGUUUCAUUUAAUAGUGAAAAGCAUCAUAUCCAGUGAAUGUCAUACAUAUCAAGUUUGAUACAGUUACAGAAUAAAGAAAUAUAAAGAAUGUGACAUGGAUUAAAUGAAACAUCAUGUGUGGGUCCCUACAGUAAUGCAUUUAUAAGGUACUAUUUGUAUUGAAGGGUAGAAAGAUUCAUGUUUAUUACUUGAGUUUCACAAUUACAUUUUUCUUUUCCUACACUUACUAUUGUAAUUAAACCUUUUUUUGUAUAUUUAAACCUCUUAUGUUUUUUAUUUUUUUAUUUUAGUAUUUCAUCUUUACUUUUGACAUUAAUGUUUCUUGUAUCCCUGUCUUUCCCUAAUGUAAUAAAAUUUAGUUUUA